ACUCUUUCUAAAACCUAAAUCAUAGAUAUGGUCAUAAAAUGUUGGCUAAUUCCUGCCGCAUUUCUUUGACGCCGCAGUGCCAGUGGUAAGAGAGUAACUACGACAACGGCUGCGGGUAAUAACCGACUGCAUCAAGCAAGCGAGGAUCCCGACAGAGGUGUCUAUGAUCCGAAUAUUAUAACGAUAUUAUCGACAAUAAGUAACUUUGCACCGAUCGAGGGAAAGCAAUAUAUUCAUGUUGUUGUUGUCGUCGGUUGAUCGUAGGUACAUCACACAUCUAGUACCUAAACACAGUUGAAGUUCAUUCGUUUUAUUGUUUGUUUAUUGUUGUUGUUGCUGUAUUGUUUCGGUGGUGCGAGUGCGGCAGCGGCGGCAACGGCGUCGUUAAGGUUCGAGACUGUGGAAAAUGUGCGCGAAAACCAUCAAACAUGCCGACGCCGACGACGCAGUGCCGAUGUUGUGACGAACAGGACGAAAUUAUGACGGACUGCUGCUAUGAUCUGUCAAGACGCUGGCUGUUCGAAGGCUUGUAUUAGUACAGAGGGUUACCGAAUAUAAGGAACCAGCUGUCGCAGAAAAAAAAGCCGUGAACGAGAGAUAGAAAGAGAAAGAUAAUCACCCCUUUUUUACACGGACAUUCACGUGGGUAGUUCUUCCUUAGUACUCAUCUAGUCGCCUGGUGAACGAAACAAUACGUAGUGACUUGCCAAGCAUACCUGAUCCCGAAGUGCAAUAACAAUCACGAUCACGAAACAAAUUCACGGUGCUGUCUGGAAGAGGCAGAAACAAAAAUAGAAAGCGCAAGCUACGUGAUUUUUUCGCAAAAGUUCCAGAAUACCCGUAAAAAUUUUCACCACGGAGGACCAAACACUGCUGAGCAACAUAAAAGUCGAACAUGAAAAUCUCGUAGCCAAGUGGUUGCAGAAUUCGAUAAAGAUCCAAGAAAACGCAGCCCUGGAUCUCCGAGCUACCCCCCUCAGCUUGCAAAUACCCUCCAUGGCCGACGUGAAGAAUCGGCCGGUCUUCAACAUGACCAACGACUUCUGGAAUCAGGCUCGGGGACCGCCCCAGAACAUCGCUCAGAACCUUUCGAACCAAAAUUCCCCGGUCCCUGGCUCGACCAACUCCAUACCAGCUCAUUCGCCGUCGCCUAGCCAGAACCACGUCAUUACCCAGGGGGCCUUAGCGCUUCAACAGGCGCAACAGCAAAAUCAACAGCAACAUACUGCGCAGAUGCAACAACAACAACAACAGCAGCAGCAACAGCAACAAGCUGCUCAGCAACACAAUCAAAUGGGCCAAUCGCAGAACGCCGUACCUCAACAGCAACAAAACGGCACUCAACAAUCAAACAAUGCCCAACAGCAACAACAACAACAACAGGGCAAUGCUCAGCAACCACAAAUGGGCAGCCCUACUGCUCAUCAACACGCUCAGGCACAAGCCCAGGCUCAGGCCCAGGCACAUGCCCAUGCUCAGGCUCUCGCUCAAGCCCAGGCGCAGCAGCAACUUGCGCACAUGCAACAUCCCCUAGCACCAACCACCCCCGAUAAGAUGACCGAAAAGUUUGUUUCCGAUUUGCAGCUGCCGGAUUUCAAUCAACUGCAAAGGAGUUCUUCUUCGGCCAUAUCGGAGAGGACUCUCGAAGAAUGCUGGACCACGCUGCAGCGAGUGAGUUGGCUUCUAUUCGAUCGUAUCUUCAUGAGGAACUCGGCGAUGCAGAUGCAUCGAGACUUGACAGGGAGGUCGGACGUCAAGCCGCAUCAGUGUCAGCAGUGUCUAAAGUCCUUUAGCAGCAACCAUCAGCUUGUUCAGCACAUACGUGUUCACACGGGCGAAAAACCGUACAAAUGCUCCUACUGCGAUCGACGAUUCAAACAACUGAGCCACGUACAACAACAUACAAGGCUCCAUACAGGUGAACGACCGUAUAAGUGCCAUCUACCAGACUGCGGCCGGGCCUUUAUUCAACUAUCGAAUCUUCAGCAGCACCUUCGCAACCACGACGCGCAGGUGGAAAGGGCGAAAAACAGGCCCUUCCAUUGCAACAUAUGCGGAAAGGGUUUCGCCACCGAGUCCAGUUUGCGAACGCAUACUUCAAAAGUAAGCCAUAAGGGGUCGCUGUGUGCCGCUGCAUCUUUGCAGCAUGCUGCUCUCAUUGGAGGUCCGAAUGCGACGACGUGUCCUUUGUGCCAUAAGAUGUUCCUCGGUGGCGAAGCCCUCAUGGAGCAUAUGAAGCAUACGCACAAGGAUCCGAACGCGUCGGGUGUUGCCAGCCUAUUGACUCACAUGGAACAUAUGAGAAUGGAUCCUAAACAUCAAUUUGCUGCACAGUAUGUACUUUCAAGGGCCGCAGCAGAAAGGAGAGAACGAGAAACGUUACUUGCCGCAGUUUCUGCGGCGUCGGCAGCUUCAGGAAGCGGACUAUUGGGGCUUACCGGAAUGGGACAAACUUCUAGUGGAAGUCCAAUGUGUGCUUCCCCGAGUGCCCAUAGCGACAGUUCGUCAGGAAAUGGUCGGUUAUCAUCUGCUGGGUCGGAUACCGGUGGAAUGAAUAACAAUAACAACAAUUGUAACACAAAAAUCGGAGAUAUUUUACGAAGUAACAAUGGUUUACAUCAACAGUAUAACGCGGAAGAAUUGCACAAUGCCAACAGGAUGGCUGUCAUAGCCAACAUGGUUGGACAAGGUGGUGUUCCUCCUGGACUCGCAUCGGAUCCUUCUUCGGCAGCUAAUAUCGCUGCAGCCAAUAUUGCCAAUCUUGCCAUGAGGCUAGGAGUCACUCAGGCAAACCAAGUGAACAAUUCUUCAAAUCCAUCCACUCCACCCAUGUCCAACGACACCCUGACAACCUCGGUGAACGCCAUGACUGCCAUGCGUGCCAUGGAUAGUAUACGCAAUAUGGAUGCCAUGAGAUCAUCCGUUAUGGACAUGUCUUCUCCACAGCAAACGCAACAAAACGAUGUGCUCAGGAUGCAGCAGCAUGCGGCUGAAGCCCUCUUACGAUCUCAGGCAGAAGCUGCCAUCAGACUGGCCAUGAGUCAGGCUCUUCCCCAGCUAAACCAACAGGAAAACAACAAUCCUCUACGCCACAACACUAACUACCAGGGACAUCAAAGUCAACCAUCUCAACAGUUGAGUCCGGACUUGACGGAGGCUUUAAGGCUUCAGGAGCAGAGAUUGGAACAAGCCUUACGCUUGCACGGGAGCGAUCCCAGGUCGUUGGGCUUCUCUCUAGCAUCCCAACAACAAAAUCAACAACCAUGAAAUUUUAGCUAUUACUGAGCACAGUGAAUGUCGCAUACUUAAUAACAAUUCCAAAGCCAACUGUACAAAAUCACAUAGAGUGGAAGUCAAUAUUCAUGUGAAAAUAAUAGCUACUAAUUUGUGUCUUAUCUACGCAAUAGAGUAAGGGAACGAAAGAUAACAGUGGCGUACUGAAGGGUCAAAUAAUUUAUUAAAAAAAAUGAUAAUGGUCACAUGUCUAAAAUCGUCGAUGCAUAACUAAAUUUUAUAAGAAUACGAGAAUGUGGAAAGACCGUUGUACGCCACUGUUAAAUAUUUAAAAUUGGUCCAAAUUAUGGCAGUUCUCUAAGAUACUUAAAAUAUUACGUCCAUUUUUCAAAAUUAAGGAAAGUAAUUCCAAAAUAAAUCAGACGUUGGAUAAAUUAUUAGGGAAACAAUGGUUUGGUUAAAUAAAUAAUUAAAUAAACAAAAACACUUGAUUUGUGUACAGGAUCAUGCUAUAGAACUCGUUUAGUACUUUCACAAAAUUUCCAAUGUCAAAAACUAAAGCAAAAAAAGUUAAGUUGAAUUUGGGAAAUAAAAAUUAAUUAAUGAGUAACUGGACAUCCUGUAUAUAGAUAAACAGUCGUUUUUGCAUAAGUUACAUAGUUGUUUCGCCAUAAUGCAAAAAAAAAACUUAAAUAAAAUUAGAAAAUCACAAAGUUCGUGUGCCAAAACAAACAAAAAAGUAAAAAAACACAUUUAAUGUGCUCAGUUCCGAGGAUCAUGACUAAGCCAUGCAAGCAUGUAUAAAUACACUUUAAAAGUGUAAAACUAUUAAUUUAGAGAACAAAAUAAUUUGUACAGUUACGGUAAGUGUUAAAAAAGAAAAUUUAAUGUUAAGUAGAUAGAGAUUAUGCGUAUACAGGGCGUCCGACAAUCGCAUCAUUUUUACUGAAAUCCCUUACAGUUUAUUCAAGUACGAACAAAUAUCUUACAUAAAAGUCUUUCAGGUUAUUGCUCACAAUAUCAGUCUAUUACAAUAAAAGUCUCUUUAAAGAUGGCUCCUUUCCGGUUUUACCGGAAAUGUACAUUUCUCAAGUUUGGAAACAUAUUCUUCAUUAUACACUUGCAUUUUUUUAUUAUUACUCUGCGUUUAUUAACCAUGAAAAAAUAUAUAUAUUUAACAGGAAAUAAAUUAUUUCAUCUGAAAACAGUUGAGUGAGUGAGUGAGCAUUUCCGGUAAAACCAGAAGUCCGCCAUUUUUAAAAUAACAAUUUUGGAUAUUAGAAGCCAAAAAUCUGCAAGGUUUUUAUGCAAGGCAUUUGUUUCUAUCUGCAUCUUUAGGGAUUUCUGAAAGAAAUAUCCAUGCCGUGGUGAGACGCCCUGUAUAUUUUAUA